AUGAAUAAUUUAGAAGAUAAUUUAGCACAUUCCGGCGAAAGAGAAAAAUUCAUUAAAACUACUUAUCGAUCAAAAAGUUGGGUGAUCAAAAGGAUUGAAUUAAUGAUGGAAAAAUUAUUAUUUGAUAUUUCAAUUGGUGAAGCACCAAUUAUUCCUUCAGUUUCAACUUUAAACAGGAAUGAAGAUAAUAUUGUAUUUGAUUAUGAAAAUGGGAUAAUUAGGAGAAAAAAUGAAAAUAUUAAAGAAAUUAAUUUCUUAAAGAAUACAAAAAAAUUUGCUAUUUUUCUUAGAGUUAUUGAUGAACUAUCCUGUCUUUUUCAAAUCCCAAGAUCUUGUUUGAAUGUGAUAGCAUCUGCUAAAGGGUUGGUUGCCGGUGAUUUAAGAAUAUAUCAAAAUAAUCAGAUUUUAUUAGAUUGUUCAAUAGAUUCAUUAUCCAACGGAACUCUCAUAAAAUCAGCUACUUUUCAAUAUUUAUUAUCAAACAGAAUAUUUCAAAAAUUAGGUGCCUGUAUACUGAUUACUGACAUUGUUACUCGCCAAUUAGUUAAGAUAUUGAGUAAUCUACAAAAUAAAAUUCCAAUAUUGGGAUUUUUCGAUAAUGAUCCGUACGCUCCAAAUUUACGUUGGAUCGGUUUGCAUUGUAAUGAUAGAGCAUGUUUUAACAUUUCCGAGGAUACUUUACUUACAAUCUCACCUGAUGAUAGGAAAAAAGCUUCUGAUUUAUUAGGAAAAAAUUAUUUACCGAAUGAAAUUCUUGAAAUUUUGCACACUUGCAAAAAGGCUGAAAUACAAUGUUUAUGUGAUAAAGAUGACGAUGAUUUAUUAAAUUAUUUGACAUCAAAAAUCAAACAUCCUAUUUCUUGGCUAUAA